GUCAGCGGCCAUUUUAUUCCGCGUAAAAACUUCAGCACUAAACAAAAAAGGAAAUUGAGUCCUGUUUAUGUAAUAGAUGAAACUGGACAUCGGAGCCAAGAGCUACGUUGAGAAGGGCAUUUGUUGACAUAAACGCUCAAGCUCUACGCACAGGUUGGUCUCCAUGGCUUAGCGAGUGAGCUGCAACUCCCAUCACCCUCCGUGUCUUCCCUGUCGUCCCAUUGGCAAGGGGGACCCAGAUUGAGAGGGGGGAUCACGCCUGGAAACAUCCCCAUCCAUCCCACCUUGCCCUACCCUGCCCUGCCUUUCCCUUCUCUUCUUCCCGUCCUACCUGCUGGUUGCCAGGGAAGGCAGACGGACGGAGCCUCCUCAUCCCCAACCUCCACCCCCCCUCGGUGUGGAGAUGGAGGCCAGGGGGGAGUCUGGGCAGCUGGGCCUGCUGGCCCCCAGCCCCCAGAGCGAGGCGGUGGCCCACGAGCUUGAGGAGUUGACCCUGCAGCCCAGCCACAGCCUGCCUCCACUCAAUGAGCGCAAGAAUGUGCUCCAGUUGAGGCUCAUGCAAAGACGGACACGAGAGCAGCUCGUCGACCAGGGCAUCAUGCCACCUCUGAAGAGUCCAGCAGCAUUCCAUGAGCAGAUUAGGAGCCUGGAGAGAGCCAGGACGGAAAAUUUCCUGAAGCACAAGAUCCGCAGUCGGCCCGAGAGGUCGGAGCUGGUGCGCAUGCACAUCCUGCAAGAGACGGCUGCGGAGCCCUCGCUGCAGGCCACACAGCUGAAGCUGAAGAGGGCUCGCCUGGCCGACGACCUGAACGAGAAGCUCGCUCUGCGGCCCGGACCCAUGGAACUGGUGGAGAAGAACAUCUUACCGGUGGACUCCAGCCUCAAGGAGGCCAUCAUAGAUGGUCAGAUGCAGUACCCAAAGAUACAUGACGAGGACGAGGACAGCGGUGACGCGCUCUCCCCCGAGCAGCCGGCCAGCCAGGAGUCCCAAAGCUCUGCCGCGUCGCCGAUGGACGCCAGGCUCUCCUCUCCUCUCCUCUGCUCUGCUCUCUGCUCUCCUCUCCACCCGCAGCAAAGCCAGCCCAAGCAGCCGGGCGACAAGAGCCGCAGCAAGAAGGGCAAGGAGGCCAAGCCGCGCGUCAAGAAGCUGAAGUACCACCAGUACAUCCCCCCGGACCAGAAGCAGGAGGCCCAGGAGGCGCCCAUGGACUCUGCGUACGCGCGCCUCCUCCAGCAGCAGCAGCUCUUCCUGCAGCUGCAGAUCCUCAGCCAGCAGCAGCAGCAGCACUACAACUACCAGGCCAUCCUACCGGCACCGCUCAAGCCAGUGGUGGAGGGCCAGAGUGCUGGUGCAGCGGUGGCUCUGAACAGUGCCGGCAGCCUGCCCACCUCCAUCGUAGUCUCCCUGCCCCCAGCUGCCGCCCCGCCCCCCGCGCCCACCACUGCUGCCCCUGCCAAGCCGGGCAACAGCCCCAGCACCCGCAAGGUGGGCACCCUGCCCGCCAACCUGGAGGAGAUGAAGGUGGCAGAGCUCAAGAUGGAGCUGAAGCUCCGCGGCCUGCCCGUGUCCGGCACUAAGACGGACCUCAUCGAGCGGCUCAAGCCCUACCAGGACACCCCCGCACCACCCAGCGCCACCCAAACCCCCACCCCGACCCCGACCCCAGCCAUCCACCUCCAACCCCCCAACACCCCACUGUCCAACACCAACACCUCCAGUACACCCAUGGAGGUCUCCAGCACAUCAUCAGUCUCGCUGUCUCCCAGCCAGUCAUCAACAGGGAUGGAAUCCACCAUGAGCUCCUCCUCUCCACCGGUCUCCCCCAUGCCUAUGGACCACGCCAAGGAGGACCCUGGAGGAGGAGGAGGAGGAGGAGGAGGAGGGGGGCUGGAGGGUCACACGGAGAGCCAGGGCCUGGUCAUCAUGGCCAACGGGCCCCUGGGAGUCAGCGCGGCCCCCCAGGAGCGCGACCGGCAGCUCCACGAGAAGGAGCGCCAGAUCGCGGAACUCCUCAGGAAGCUGGAGCACGAGCAGCGGCUAGUGGAGGCGCUCAAGAUGCAGCUGGAGGUGGAGAAGCGGAGCGGCCCCUCCACCUCCACCACCUCCCCAAACAUCAACACCAUCACCACAGGAGGCCUAGCCCUGGCACAACCUCCUACUCCUUCACCCCCACCACCAGCGCUGCAAAGGACAGGAAAUGCUAGCCCCAGCAACCGUGUUGGAGUCCCAACUCCCACCCCGGCUGCUGCGGCCACCAUGUUCGCCGUGUCUCCCCCGCAGGUGAAGAUGGAGCAGCGGGCAUCUCCAAGCAACUGUGCCCUGGCUGUGGGGAUGACUGGUGGGUCCCCGCAGGUGGUGAAGCUGGAGGACGUGCAGAAGGUGAUGAACAGUGUCAACGCUGCACAUCAACAGUCAGCGCAGCAGCAGCAGCAGCAAAUGCAACAGCAACAGCAGCAGCAGCAGCAGCAAGUGCAACAGCAACAGCAGCAGCAGCAAAUGCAACAGCAACAGCAGCAGCAGCAAGUGCAACAGCAACAGCAACAGCAACCGCAGCUGCAGCAGUUCGUCAUAAGCCACCAGGGCGUUCCGCAGACAGUGCUGGCGACGCCAUCGCAGGCCGCCAUCCUCACCGCGGCAACCCAGCACGGCAACGCCUCCACGCCCAUCAUGCUGCCCGUGUCCUCCCUGGCCAACAACACCACCAUCCAGCUGCCCACCGUCACCAAUGUCAAACUACAGACACUGCCUGUGUGCACUACUGCUGGCUUCCAGCACUGUCUCACCGAGAACCGCGUAGGCCCGGAGGGACCCCAGUGUUUCCUGAGCACCUCCCCAGACAACAGGCUCUCGCCCCGGGGCUCGCCCGGCGGCCACUCCAUCUCCAAUGGCCCGCUCAGCAAGUCCCCCACGCCCCCUCAGCAGCCCACCUUCAUCCUGCAGCCCAGCACUUUCUCCAGCAUCCCCAAGAGCAAGGAGCCCCCUGCCUACGAGGACGCCGUUAAACAGAGCCGCAGCAUGCACAACGCUGCCCUCAACCAGGUUCCCACGGCAACCAGUCAGCAAAUGGACGACCUGUUCGACAUCCUGAUUGAGAGUGGAGAGAUCCUGCCCUUCAGUCCCCACGAGCCACCAACGGCAAAGCUCCUGCCCGUCACGGCCAGCGUCACCACCCUGCCCGUCAACACCGCCCUCUCCCGACCACCCGCCCACGUCCAGCUGGCCCCGCCCAACUCUCACACCAACCCCUCCCCCCUCUCCUCCCUGUCGCUCUCCCUCUCCCCCCUCACCACCACUGGCGGUAGCGGCAGCAGCAGCGGCGGCGGCGGCGGAGGAGGAGGACUCACUAUGGACCAUCAGCUGGCCUCCGCGCUGGCCACCGACAACCAGCUGGAGGCGCUGUUGGACGGGGCGCUGGACGCAGCUGAGCCCCGGCUCUUGGAGGACCUUCACGCGCAGCUCCUCGCCAGCACGGAGAACCACCAGAACCACCACCACCACCACCAGCAGCAGCAACAACACCACCAGCACCAUCAGCUGACCCUGCAGACGCUGAACCAACUGAGCCAGCUGCAGUCUCCGCAUUCCCCCAUGGACAUGGACACAACCUCGGACCUGGGCUUCAGCAGCGAGGGGAGUGGGUGUGGUGGCGGCGGUGGUGGUAGUGGUAGUGGUGGGAGUAGUAGUGGGCCUGGAGGGGGGCCAGCCUCCAGCUCCUCGUCCUCCUUUAGCCUGCAGGAGGCCGGGCUGGACAGCAUGGAGUGGAUGGACCUCACCAUGCCGGGGGGCCCCAUGGGCUCGCUCAACCCCCUGGGCAUGGCCACGGACUUCCUGGACGCACACGACCUGCAGAUGCCCUGGGAUUGAUUGGCUGAUUGAUUGAUUGGCUGAUUGAUUAGUUGAUUGAUUGGUUGAUUGAUUGGUUGAUUGACUGAUCAGCUGGUUGUUUGAUUGUUUGAUGGGCGUUUCACCAUUUUAGAUUGAUGGCAUGAACAUACGGUAACAGCACACAUGCUUUGUCGCUCCAUAUCUUGCUCUUGCUCUCUCUCUCUCUCUCUCUCUCUCUCUCUCUCUUUCUCUCUCUCUCUCUCUUUUAUAUCCCUCCAUUUCUCUUCAGAGGCCCUGGGAUUUGAGGAAGGAACUCUCUCUCUCUCUUGCUCACACACACACACUUUCUUUCUUUGUCUCUGCAUUUUCUCGAGAAGAGAGAUGUAAGAUAUUGGUUGGCGGCAGCUGGAGGGGUUGCAUUAUGGUCCUUCGGUUGUAGAAGAUGAAUUUGUGUGUCUCUGUGGAUCUCACAACAGACCAUGUUGAUAGUCAUCUGCAAAACAGUUUUGACCCCUGCCAACCACACACACACACACACACACACACACACACACACACACACACACACACACACACACACACACACACACACACACACACACACACACACGUACAUGGAGGGCCCCAAGGGUAUCUCAAUGCCACCCCUGUAUUAGCUCCUUCUAUCGGGUUUGUCAUCUGACGCAUCCCUCACCAAGCCCUACAGGACAGACAGACAGAUAAUAGAUUCUCUCUCUCUCUCUCUGUCUCUCUUGUCUCUCUCUAUCUCUCGGUCUCUCUCUCUGUCUCUCUUUUUCUCUCUCUCUCGGUCUCUCUCUCUCUCUGUCUCUCUCUCUCUCUAUCCUCUGGGGCCCUCACGGAUCACCUUGCAGUCUGACAAUGCUUAAUAAUUCAUUCAUUCUCAGACAAGCUGAUAAGUGGAGUAGAGGACAGGGGGGAUGGAGGGAUUCUCAUUUCGUUUUCUUCUUCUUCUUCUUCUUCUUCUUCUUCUUCUUCUUCUUCUUCUUCUUCUUCUUCUUCUUCUUCUUCUUCUUCUCCUCUUGUGCCUACUCUCCCUAGCUACUCUGCUACCGAGACUGCGUGUGCGUGUGCGUGUGCGUGUGUGUGUGUGUGGUUGAGUGGCUCGUGGCAGGCUGACAAGCCUAGCUUAUUUUACUUUCUCUCUUUUCUUUUUUCAAACACACAUGAUGCCAGAGCUUCAUGCCAGACAACGGUCAGCAUUUAAUGAAGAAGGUCUGUAGACAACCUGCACUGUCUGCUCAAGCAAGCAAUGCAAGGUCCUACAGCACGCUUGAGACUUGCCUUCAACGACAAGCCCUGAAGUAAAGCUGGUCUGACGCUGUGCACAUACACACACACACGCACGCACGCACGCACGCACAGUCAGACGUGUGAGCUGGAUCGGAGAGAAUGACCAAAUCAUAGUGUGUUUGUUGUGUGUGUGUUUAAGUUUUUUUUAUCAGAAGAAAAACAGCACAAUGUUUAGACAGCGAUUUCUGAUAAAUGUCCCAAACUGCAGUCAAACGACUGGGUAGACAUUCAUCUUGAAUGAUGAUUGAAGAGAUUAUGCUGGAUUCACACGGCAGACGGAAGACAAAAACCUCACAGAGGUUGUUUACGAUGAACAGAUUGAGAUGAGAUAAAGAAAGGGAAACAUUAUGAAAAAAAUGCUUGCCAACUUGUAAUGCUGAACUUGAGCACCCGCCCCCCCUUGUGUUGAAGGACUCUGUUGCAUUGAAGGACUCUAUGGGGGGGGGGGGUGUCGUUUAGACAGAUCUGUGCCAUAGAGAACAGGUCUUGGUUCUCAGCCAGAUAAAGUCUAUGAUGAGAAUGUCUGUUGUGAAGGAGAAUGUUCUGGAAUUUUUGGGUCUACUGGUCACCUUGCUGCAGCAGUUGAGGGUUUAACUUUGCCUCUUACAAAUUCAGAGACAAACAAUAAGGGACACAGAUCAAAAUAGACACAGAUAAAAAAAAAAAUACAAGAAUGGACUGUACGAAAUGGACACAGAUACAGAAAAAAAAACCUUGAUGGACAAUAAUGGACACAGAUAUGAAUGUUGGCACAUACUGUUGGAAAAAACCCGGUGUCUUUACAAAGACACAAGCUCACACAUUAUCGUCUGCUGACAGUUCAUACACACAUCACAGUUGUCCUCUGGAGUCAAGCUGGCUUUGGUGUCAUCUUUUCCAUUUUUUAAUUGUUUCAUUUCAAUGGAGGUUUUCUUUUUGUCAUUUCUUCUCUGUUUGAGUUUUGUAUCUCAUGUCUCAUGUUAAUGGACUUGUUUCAGAAGGUCACUAGUUUCUGCUUAGCCGAUCUGCGUUGCUGUGGUGUGUAAGAGCGAGCGGGUGCUGCACUGAAUGCCAGGCAUAUCAUGUGACUCUGCAUACCUCAACCACUAAAACCUUCACUCAGCUGGCAAGAGCACGCAGGACAUGAACCAUCUAUCCUUCUCCUCACCUAUGUCCUCCUUCUAUUUUUUUUAACUUUUGUUUGUAUAUUUGUUUUAUUUUAUAUAUUUUUGUGAUUUUGUAGUUCAACUGACUCAGCAGAGAAGGACUUUUCUCAGCUACUGUAGGACAAUGGCACUUGGGAGGAUUGUACAAACACAGGCAGGCGUCUUGGAGGAGGUGUUUCACUUCUGUUCCGUGUGUGCGUGUGCGUGUGCGUGUGCGUGCGUGCGUGCGUGUGUUUGUCUACAUUGUUUGGACCAAUAAGGGUGUCUUGAGGAUAGCCAUAUGUGUUGCGUGCAAGCCUCCCGAUAAUGAAAAGGCAAUUGAUGAGCUGUUGAGGUAUUUAUAGCACCAAUAACAACACGACUGCCCAAGAUCAAUCUUUUCUUUUUAUUUGGUCAUUUCACAGUCAAUCAAAGUAAUCAAGCCAAAAGUGAGAGACAAUCUAUUUACUCUAGUCUCCAUCCAAGAUCCAUCAAGCUGAAUGGUAGACGCAUGUUUUAUUUUGGUUGAAUUGGUGUUUUUUUUCUCAAAUAUGGCUUGUGACUUUCCAGAUUUGGAAAGGAAAAUGUCUAGGUUCUUUCUUUCUUUCUUUCUUUCUUUCUUUCUUUCUUUCUUUCUUUCUUUCUUUCACCGGCCACAUCUAAUGUGAGGACAGACAAACUGCUGGCAAACAGUGGCAGCUCCUUCCUGUUGAUUUUGUCCGUCCGUCUACCUGUGUCCAUCUGUCUGUCUCUCUGUCUUUCUGUGAGCCUGUCUGUCUGUCUGUCUGUCUGCAGCCAUGCUCACUUCUUUCCUGGAAGACAUAGAGUUUUCCCCUACAACUGCAGUCACAUUCAUAUUACUUUUUUUUAAAAAAAUCUGGGUAUUGCUGCGUGGAUGCUUUUUUUUAAUCAUUAAUGUUGGCUUGUAUUAUUUGUGUGAGUGCGUCUGGCUGUCUCUUUGCGUCAGUGCGGCUAAUUACUAUUGCCCAAACCUUUCCCAGCUCCAUUCCUGAUGCGCGUUCAUCAUCAUACAAUGCUAUUUUUAGAUUUCGAGUAAUACUAGAUGAUGAUGUGCUAAUCGACUGGAAGGAAUGUGCAAGUAAGCCCUUUCCUAAAUGUCAACAUCCAUCUAAUGUGGAACUUAAAGCUCUCCCAGCAGCCUCUUUAAGACAAGCAUCCAAAAUGGCACGCCAGGGGUGCAUUUCUGGAAAGCGUAGUUGCUAACUUUGUUAACUACUUUGUUGGUUGCAAUGCCAUUUCCCAUUGGCAACUACCGAAGUUGCUAACUGCUAACAACUACGCUUUCCAGAAAUGCACUCCAGAUUUGCACGACUGACUGUCAUGCUGCCCCCAAAGAAACAAGUGAUAAUAUAUAAUUCUGGACGCAAAACCUUUUCACCCAGUUCUGAGUGAAUUAAGUCACUUUCUUGACCAUAUCAUUAUCCACACUUCCAUACAGGCCCAUUGCAAGACAAUUGGGGUGCAUUUAAUUCAUAUCGUAGUAGGCCCUGUCAAAUAAGAAAAAAAAAUCAUUAUGCUCUUUUCAGCACCUCUUGUCAUUGUUGGUUUUUCAACUCCAACCUCAAACCCUUUGUUCACACGGGAACCAACCACCGCCGGAUCCCAUUGACUUUGCUUGUGGAGGGCACAAAAUGGCUUUUGAAACUGGCAGUUGCAUUCCACAACAUUUUCAGACUUUAAAGUUGUCAGUCCUACUGUCAUCUGUCAGCGGACGGUGCCUGUGUGGACAAAGGGUACAGUAAGCCUUCCAAAGGCUUCUCAGCCCCUGUGACAAGUAAAUAACUAUACACUUGUGUAGAAUACUUAAUAAGUAAAGGUCAUACUUUUGACCUCUGACCUUCAUAUCAGCUCUGUAUUCAUUAGUUCAAGAAUAUGUCAUAACGGUCUAUAGCUAAUUGUGAGCUAUACCAUAAAUGUGAAAAGCAUGCAGCCACUGUAGCCCACCAAUGAUUCCUCUCCCAACCCCAAGCAACUGCACAAUAAUCACAGAAUAUUUUCCAUUUGGAAGGAAUACAUGAGAUACAGUCACAGAAGGGCUAUCCUCCUUAUUACCCUGCCCAUUUGGAUGUUUUUCAUGCUCCCACAGAAUUUCCGGUCUGCUAGUUCUUCUGGUUAGGCUGCCCAUAGCCCUUCUGAAUGAUUUAGCACUAGCCACCGCUAACAAAAUAUUAAUGUCGCUGCCCUUGUACUCAUGGAUUAUAAACUGAAUAUUUUCACCGACUCAAUCGCUACAAGGCCUCAGAAGUAUUGUCUUGUAGACUAUAAGCACUUUUUGCUGCAACAAUCAUGAAAAAGACAAGCACCUUUUGUAUUGAUUAUGUGUCUUGUCCAAAUCUAGUCCAGUCAAAGUCUUUGUCCGUGUUUGUUUGACUUGACGUGUGUCGGUUUGCAUGUUUAUGUGUGAGGGUGCGUACAUUGUGAGAUUGUAACCUUUUUUCUGCUAAAGCUUGCUCCAGUCACGUUUUUUUGUUGUUGUGGAGGCCGUUGAUGUGCUCCGUUAUUGUCAGAAGGUUCUACAAUGUUAACCCCUUGAAUCGAUCAAGUCACACUCUUGCAAAAAAAGAAGCUGGCUCUCAAGUUGUUGUUAUGCCAAAUAAGAGAUUGUUACACGUCAAAGAGCUGCUAGAUCAUAUCCAGAUGUAAAGACCCACUCACUGAAGGGGGCGCUGUGGCGCAGCGCGCUAAGCCCCCCACAUUUGGGCUUGCAUGCCCAUGGGGACCCCGGUUCGAGUCCGGACGGGGUCAUUUCCCAGCCCUACCCCAUAUCUCUCUCCUGAUCAUUUCCUGUCUUCUCUCACACUGUCCUGUCAUAAUAAAGGCCCAAAAAGUCCCCA